AUGAUUUUUGUCUACUUGGAUGUGAAACCUGAAGUUCAACCGUUAUUGGAAAAGGGAGUAAUUAAAACAGUACUAAUCGAUGCAUUCGAUUCAUUAUCAAGAAGUCUGGGAAGCAAUUUGGAAACAGUCGAAACAGAUAUUUCAACAAACGCAGAUGCUGAGGAAUACACUGCUAAGCAUCGCUCAUGGUCUACGAAAUCACCGAACUGA